AUGUUUGUCCAGCUGUCUACACCGCUGAUCAUGUGCCUGACCUUCACGCUCAGUGCUUGCAUGUUCCCCGGCCAUAACUGGGGGGAAUGGAACGACUCCCAGCUCCUGCCAACCAUUCAGAAACUGAUGAAAGGAUACAACCGCUAUCUUAGACCCAAUUUCAAUGAGGGCCCUGUGGAAAUCGGGAUGAGUCUUGACAUUGCAAGCAUCGAUGCCAUCUCUGAAAUCAAUAUGGACUACACUGCAACUAUCUUCCUGCGCCAACGGUGGCGAGAUUCCAGACUGGUGUUCCCAGGGAAUGAGAGUGUCAGUGUGGAUGGACGCCUGGUGUCACUUCUUUGGAUCCCCGACACCUUUAUUCCUGACUCAAAGCGCUCUUUCCUACAUGAUGUGACGGUGGAAAACCGCCUCAUACGCAUAUUCAGCAACGGGACCGUACUCUAUGCACUACGCAUCACAGCUACCAUCGCCUGCAACAUGGACCUGACCAAAUACCCCAUGGACAGACAGGUGUGCACCCUGCAGCUAGAAAGCUGGGGCUACAAUCUGCAGGAUGUUGUGUUCUACUGGACCAGAGGGAAUGAUUCAGUGAGGGGUCUGGACACACUGCGGCUGGCUCAGUAUAGCGUGGAGAGCUACUACACGUCUGUGUCAGAGGCUGUGUACGAGACUGGACAAUACCCCAAGCUGGUGCUGCAUUUUGCAUUGCGCAGAAAUGUUUUGUUCUUUAUCUUGGAAACAUAUGUUCCCUCCACCCUCUUGGUGGUUCUCUCCUGGGUCUCAUUCUGGAUCAGCCAGUCCUCUGUACCAGCCAGGACCUGCAUUGGCGUUACUACAGUCCUGACAAUGACGACUCUGAUGAUGGGCGCUCGCACCUCCCUACCAAAUGCCAACUGCUUCAUUAAGGCCAUAGACGUCUACCUGGGCAUUUGCUUUACCUUCAUAUUUGGUGCUCUGUUGGAGUAUGCCUGUGCUCACUUCUAUACCAUGCAGCACCAAACUAUAGAGGACUUACACAGGGAUCUUGUGAGAGAGUUCAAUGAGUCCAGCGGAAACGGCUCCAUCCCCGUCGUCAGCUCCACCCAACCGAAGGAUCCUGUGAAAGUAAGCUCCGCCGACGAGGAGCCUACAGAACAAUCGUCCAACAGUGACACAAAGGCCACCGGUGAACCCAAGCAGGAAAAAAAAGGUCAAGGCUGCAGCUUGUCAUCAGUGAAGAAUGCUUCAAAGAAGGCAGUAUCCAUCUUUAUUGUGGAAAAUCCACACAACAUCGAUCGCCAUGCCCGCACCGUUUUUCCCAUGGCAUUCCUUUUUGUCAAUAUUCUCUACUGGCUUUAUUAUCUCUUUCACUGAGAGCUCCUCGCAAGCUGCUGCUGAGUUCAUUUCAGCACCCCGCAGCUGCUCUGCAUUCCCCAUGGAGAUGUCAGGCCAGUCGCUUGGAUCUGAAGUGAUCGCACAUGCUUUUGGUUGAGAAGUGAUAUGUAAAAAAAACAACUUUCAACCAGAUGAAGAGACCACAAACAAAUAGAAAGCAGCUGCCAGUAUCAGAAACCGUCUUUAGAUCACAUCACACAUUCUACCCAGCCUGCAAUUUAUCCAUUGACUGGCAAAAUCACACAAGAAAGAACUAGCUGUAAAAAGAAAAGAAAAGAAAACAACAAAAGAAAUGUCUGUUCCAUCUGACUGCCUUUUCUCUGCUGUUUUUAAUACGUUGUUUGUACAAGACCAUGUCCUGUAAUUACUUUCACAGCAUGUAACAUUAGAAUAAUAAA